AUGGUCUCCGGAAGUCCGUCUAUUCAAAGUUAUCUUGCCGAAUGGGAAAAAUUGUGCAUGGAAUUUUUUGAUAACAACGAUGAAACAUCCGAAGCGGUAAUUGGACUUGUAGAGUUCGCCACCCGUUCAAACGGCGAGGUAAAACUAGACUUCUCCAUGAUUGACAAAAAACUGAGAAUGGAGGAGAUUGAAGCAUCACUGAUGAAAGUUGGUUUUGUCAACAGCGUUAUGCUUCAUCCUCAAGAAUUCGACAAGUAUCUCGAGACCAAACGAAAGGCACGUUCGGAGUGGCAUCGAAGAAAGGCCGUUGAGCUUUUUCAAGAAUUAGACAAAAUUUUACACUCCCAACCUUUCAAGUACACCCCGGCUCAUCGUCUCUCCGAACUUAAAACUUACAUCACCCAAUAUCGUAAUUCCGUCGGUGCACGACCUUUCAUGAGAGGACUUUUAAACGUGUUUCAACUGCAAUUGGGACAGUCUACGAUAGCGUCCUGGACGUUUUUAGAUGACAUUCUCACUCAAAAUGGAAUGGAUUUUAUGAGAUCCACGGUUAAUUUGUUGGUUAACGUGUUGGGCUUUACCCACACGAUUCAGGAGGUCGAUGAGGGUGGAGACCGUGGAAGCCUCCGAACUUGGUAUGUGAGCGUCGAAUUGAGUGACCGGGAAAUUAAUUCGCUUCUCAAGGUAUUCCCCGGGGAAAAGAAAACGCUUGGGAACGUUCGAGCCACGGGUACCACCGAAUUGUCAUCUCAGCAAAGAUCACCCAAUUUAAUUGGAACAUCCAAUGAGAGCAUCCUGGGUCGAUUGUUUAGGCUGGCCAUUAAGAUUAUGUUUUUCUGGUGGUUUAUUCUGAAGUGGUUGAUCACUCUUUGCUUUCGCAUAAUUAGGUUUAAAAGGAAAUAG